AUGAAUCCUGCCCUUUCCAAGUUUAUGCUGAAGAGUACACCAAAGAGUAUCCUCGACCCUCAGCCCGAAAUGAACACUCCUAUCCCCCUCAACACGGGCGCCACCAUCCCCGCCCUCGGUCUGGGAACGUGGAAGUCUGGGCCUGGUGAAGUCAAGAAGGCCGUUGUCCAUGCCAUUGAGAGCGGCUACAGGCACAUUGACUGCGCCUUCUGCUACCAGAACGAGGACGAGGUUGGCGACGCCCUUCAGGAUGUCAUUUCGCGGGGUGUUGUGAAGAGAGAAGAUCUUUUCAUUACCAGCAAGCUCUGGUGCACAUUCCACUCCCGUGUCGAGGAGGGACUGCAAAAGAGUUUGGACCUGCUCAAAACACCUUACGUUGACCUGUUCCUUGUACACUGGCCGGUGCCCAUGAACCCCAAUGGCAGCCACCCUCUCUUCCCAAUGCUCGAGGACGGCUCCCGCGACAUCGACCGCUCAAUGACUCACCAAGACACAUGGAAGAACAUGGAGAAGCUCAUCCAAACACAUCCUGAAAAGGUCAAGGCCAUUGGUGUUGCCAACUACUCCGUCAGGUAUCUGGAGAAGCUCCUCGCCAAAGCCACCAUUGUCCCAGCCGUCAACCAGAUCGAGAACCACCCAUUGUGCCCACAACAAGAGGUCUACGACUUCUGCAAAGAAAAGGGCAUCCACGUCUCCGCGUACAGCCCGCUCGGCAGCACUGGCUCGCCGCUGUUCAAGGACGAGGUUAUCAACGAGGUCGCGAAAAAGCACAGCGUUGGACCCGCCGUCAUUCUCCUGAGUUACCACCUCGCCCGCAACUCAUCCGUCCUCGCAAAGUCCGUCACCCCCUCGCGUAUCGAUGAGAACAAGAACCUCAUCUCGCUCGAUAGCGACGACAUGGCGAAGCUGGAUAAGAUCCACAAGGACAAGGGUAUCCAACGUUACGUAUACCCACCCUUCGGUAUCGAUCUUGGCUUCCCUGACAAGCCUGAUGGCGUUGACCUCAGUGGUCCUUGA